UGCGUCUGAGGAAUAGAGUUUUCACGUGCAUCAUCAGAUCACGAUCCUCGAGUAAACUUUAUUUUUCAAGUAUAAAGAAACAAAAUUCCAGGCCUAGUCUUGGAAAACUAUGUAGAAUACACCUUCCAUGAAAAUGCCUCCCUUUUCUUUUUGUGCGUUUUUUUUUUCCCCCCACAAAGCUGACUAUGUUCACUCCCUCGCUUCAAAAGCAAGCCAACAUUUCUCUUUUCACUGAACUUACGUUUGAGGCUACGAAUUUUCGAUCCUGACCAUGUUCAUUCCCCCUCAUUUCUGUCGCCAGCUAUCCUUGGUUAAUUUCUUGCAUUAGAGAUUGUAUAAAUACGUACAUAAGGUUGGUCCCUUUCCCUUAGCUAGUUGUGAGCUUUCUUGCUUGCUUAUAACUUCUCAAUCAUGGUUGAGCUUGAGUCAAGCAACAAGAGCAUGUGUAGAAUCCCUUCCAAGAGAAAGGGCCAUUCCUUCACAAGAAAGUGCUCCUCCUUGGUUAAGGAACAACGAGCCAGGAUUUACGUUCUCCGGCGCUGUGCCACCAUGCUAUUAUGCUGGUAUAUUCAUGGAGACGACUAGCUUCGCAUUAUGGCAUCCAAUAUUUUCUCUUCUUUCCUCUCUUUUUUUUUUUUUGGUUUAAAAAAAAAAAAAAACAAGAAAAAAAAGGACUUUUUCUUUCAGCUUUGUCUAUUAGGCCGACCAGUAGUUUUGGUUGUAUGAGCUGCGGUGUAGCCUUUCCUUUAACACUCUCACGUGUCGUACUCUUUUUGACCUUAUUGGUGUAGCUGCCAAUGGGUUUACGGGGCACAGGGAGAGGUUUCGGGCUGGGGCUGCAUUCUUGCUUUUUGAUCAAACCAUAUAAUAUUUGAGAGCAUCGUCGAAGCUGCUGACAUGGUGGGAUUGGUUUUGUAUUCUAAAACCUUCAAGUUGGUGGUGGAUGGCACUGAAUAAAGGUUGAUUGUAAUUUGUAACUUGUUUUUAAGCUGUCAAAUCAGUUUUUUUUUUUCCUCUCCAUUUCCGGGAAUAAAAUAGGGGAACCGAUUUGUAUUUGUAAUGGUCAUGUACGUUAUUUUAGGCAUAGUUGAAUAGUUGAAUGU